GUUAAACGCUGGAAUGUUUGGAUAUGCUCGUCAUAUCCGUCAUAUGCUCCUUCAGGAAGUUAUCAAUCGAACACAUUACACAGAUACUUUAUAUCCCCGCGGCAUCCGUCUGGUUCGCAUACUCUCUGCCGACGAUUAUUCCCAUAACUGAUAAUGAGAAUGGAACUAUCGGCGACAGAGCUGUGCACUUUGAAACGGAGCUGAGUGUUGUCUGUCUGGUCAACGUCAAGUUUGGCGAGAUGCUGCUCUGCAAGCUUCUGCUACUUUCUCUUUCCUUCUGGACGUGUCAUUCGGUGUUUAAAAUACCUUUAAAAAUGUUCGCGGGGAAAUUUAACGCGUCUGAGCAGCUGGACCUCAGGCCUUUGAGACGGAAUCAAAGCGCAGCGGAGAGUGGACUUUCACUGGCAUCGGAUCCAGCUGGGAUAGUCGACUUUCUGGACAUGAUCAAUAAUUUAAAAGGAGACUCUGGCCGGGGAUAUUACAUGCAAAUGGUCAUUGGGACUCCGGGACAAACGUUGAACAUCCUGGUUGAUACUGGAAGCAGCAACUUUGCUGUAGCUGCAGCAGCACAUCCCUACAUCACACACUACUAUAAUAGAGCACUUUCCAGUACAUAUCAGAGCUCCGGCAGGGGAGUUGCAGUAAAAUACACACAGGGAGAAUGGGAGGGGGAACUGGGAACUGACCGCAUCACCAUUCCUCAAGGGCCCAGUGGUACAAUCACUAUCAACAUCGCUGCGAUCCUCACCUCAGAAGGCUUCUUUCUGCCUGGAAUCAACUGGCAGGGAAUUCUUGGACUUGCUUAUCCUCUGUUGGCUCGGCCUGACCCGUCAGUGGAACCCUUCUUCAACUCAGUUGUGAGUCAGACUGGCAUUCCAGAUGUGUUUUCUCUCCAGAUGUGUGGCGCAGGAGUCUCUGCCAGCACUAUAGCUGACCCAGCGGGUGGCAGCCUGAUCAUGGGAGGAGUUGAGCCCACCUUGUACCGGGGUUCAAUUUGGUACACACCAGUCCUAGAAGAAUGGUACUAUCAAGUGGAAGUCUUAAAGCUUGAAGUUGGAGCCCAAAAUUUAAACCUAGACUGCAAAGAGUACAACUCGGAUAAAGCCAUUGUAGAUAGUGGGACGACUUUACUGCGACUUCCUGGAAACGUGUUCAGCGCUGUGGUGGAGGCCAUUAUGCAAACAUCACUGAUUGAGGAUUUCUCAGCGGGAUUUUUUGAUGGCACCAAGCUUGCAUGUUGGAUGAGAGGCGAAUCACCAUGGAGGCUUUUCCCGAAAAUCUCAAUCUACCUCAGGGCAACGAACACCAGCCAGUCCUUUCGCAUCACCAUUCUUCCACAGCUCUACGUCCAGCCAGUCACCGACAUUGACGGCACAUUGGACUGUUUCCGUUUCGGAAUCUCCCCUUCAGCAAACGGCUUGGUCAUUGGAGCCACUGUGAUGGAGGGCUUCUACGUCAUCUUUGACCGUGCCAAAAAGAGGGUGGGCUUUGCCGUUAGCACUUGUGCAGAAAAUGACGGUGUGCCAUUUGCAGAGAUCGCCGGGCCAUUUCUAGCUGAGGGCGUAGCGUCAGACUGCACCAGUGGCAUGCCUUUCAGGGAACCGGUGAUGUGGGUGAUUGCUUACGCUCUGAUGGGCAUAUGCGCCUUGGUUUUGAUCGUACUCGUCAUCCUGCUCAUACUGCCUUGCCGACGGCACAGAGACGGUGAGAUUACAGACGAAUCUUCGCUGGUGCGGCAUCGCAUCAAGUGACGUCAGGCAGCAACCGAAGACGAGGAGGCACCAACUCAGCAAAACAGGUCUGAACUCAGAGAAGGUAACGGGGGGAACACACUACACUGAGCUCCCGAGAGAGAUUACAUUCAUUCCUGUUUUGUCUGGGUAGAAGAUGCUGGGAUUUGGACUUGUGGACAUUUAUGAUUGACUGAACUUUUCAAAGAAAAGGAUAAAACUACUGAAGGAUGAAGGAAUUAUGAAUAUACACGUUAGAGUAAAAAAAAAAAAUCAUAAAUAAAAGUGCCAAAAUAUAUGACUAUUAAUAUGACAUUGGAGUAAAUGUUGAUGCUCCAGUGUUUCUCCAAAGUAUGCUGCUCUUUUUAUUUUUAGUCUUCAAUAUAAUUGAGUUAAUAAAACUACUGGAAAUCAGCAAUGGUCUCUCAGGGGCCAAAUGAGGUUUAGGGUUCGAUAAGUAAGUUUAUUUAAAAGUAAGUUUAUGUACUGUUAUUAUCUAAGGUUUCUUGUUAGAUGUCCCUUUUAGCAGUGCAUUAAAAGGAAAAAUUAAGCCAAAAAUGAAUUUUGGUAUUAUUCCCUAUGCUGUUCCAAACCUGUUGACAGAGCAUGAUGCUGCUCUUGCUUUAUAGAGUAAGAAGCAAUGGGAAAAAGCAAUGGUAAGGGAUGCUGUUGAGGUCAGAUAUAAAAUAUAUAUAUAUAUAUGCUAUUGUAUGGCUUCAAAAAUUUUUAAAAUAGUAUAGCACACAAGUUAUAUGGUCUGUGCUGAUGAUCUUUUUCAUAAAGCAGUUUUCUGCUGUGAACUGUAUGUAGGAAUUUUUGCAGAAAAUCAACGCACAAUAAAAUAAAACUAAUUUCACCUUUUACCGGGCAAAGUUCCUUGCUCCUUUAAAUUAAAGUUCACUCGAAAUGUCCGUAUGCCACAAUUUAUUGGGUCUCACGCGCUAAACAUGCUUACGGGCGAAUCUGUGCUUGAAAUCCGUAUACAAACAAACUGAUUCACCAAAAAAAUAUACGAUUUCUUUGAAUAGCAAUACAGACAUAUGUGUACAGUUGGCUAAUGGGAGGUCUGUCUCUAAAUCUUUUUUUAUUGUGUUUAAAAUUUAACAGUCACCCGUGUAGAUCUUGUAUAUUUUUGCAGCAUCAGUAAGUCCUAAAUACUCACAGCACCAUAUGCAUUUGACAGUAGCAAGUUCAUGUACUCGCUUGCAGCAGCAUAGUCUACAACUAAAGCAAUAACCAACAGCAGCUGUGUAGCAUAUCCAUUCUGCCAAGACGUUAACAUUGUCAUAUGCAUUACCAUGCUAAAAUCUUCAGAGAGUUAAACUGGUUUUGAGGACUGCGUACUUGACAUUGUUUAAGGAUCUGCAAUGGCGUGUCUGUAAAGAAGGGUAUGUGUUUAGUGAAAGGCAGUAAAAAAAAUAAAAUAAAAUCAGCCACUCAUCUUGAAAAGAGGGUAUGAACAAAUUUGUGUGCAUAUGCAUGUGGUGUGAAUUAAAUAGAAUGUUUCAUGAGAAGUUCAAAUUGCGCAUAUAAAUAUGAAUAAGCUACGCAAUCAUUAGUGGAAGAGACCUAUUGUUUUUCUGCAACAUGUUUGGUUUUUUUUUUUUUAGAUGUGCUUGUGUGAUUGGUACAACAGUAUCAUUCAUACAACAUUAGAUCAGAUCAUCAUAAUGAUACGAUUAAAAAAAAAAAUUAAGGACGUGCCCUUUUGCAUAAUAUUGACCUUUUAUUAAACAUCACAUUAUAUUUAACCUUAGAUAAGACUUGACCCCUAAGAUUUGAAAGAGAUCUGAUCUGAAAUCAAAUCAUUUUCCUUGAAUUUCUCAUUUCUCUGAUGUGCGUUUUUAAGGAAGAUGGGAGAAGAGAAUCUUUAUCCAAAACCUCUGCACAUUUGCAAUUUGUAUUUGUAUUUCCAGGUAUGCACCUCUGACCUGUUUUUGUGCUUUUAUGAUUUAUCUGUGUAAUUGAUUUUGGACUGAUCUUUUAUUUCUCAAGUCAUGAAUUUACACGUGUAUCCCUAACUGGUGAAUAAACUGUCAAACUUGA